CCUGUGGGUGCAGGCUGUGGAGAGAAGCGGUCGCUUUGGCGGUGGCGGGAGCGCUUAGUCGUCGUGGAAGCCACACCAGGGCACACGACGGCCCGAAGAGGCUGCAGAGGCCAGGGGUUUUAGAAAUGGCUACUCCUCAGUCAGUCUUCAUCUUUGCAAUCUGCAUUUUAAUGAUAACAGAAUUAAUUCUGGCCUCAAAAAGUUACUAUGAUAUCUUAGGUGUGCCAAAAUCAGCAUCAGAGCGCCAAAUCAAGAAGGCCUUUCACAAAUUGGCCAUGAAGUAUCACCCUGACAAAAACAAGAGCCCUGAUGCUGAAGCAAAAUUCAGGGAGAUUGCAGAAGCAUAUGAAACACUCUCAGAUGCUAGUAGGCGAAAAGAAUAUGAUACACUUGGACACAGUGCUUUCACUAAUGGUAAAGGACAAAGAGGUAGCGGAAGUUCUUUUGAGCAGUCCUUUAAUUUCAAUUUUGAUGACUUAUUUAAAGACUUUAGUUUUUUUGGUCAAAACCAAAAUACUCGAUCUAAGAAGCAUUUUGAAAAUCACUUCCAGACACGGCAAGAUGGUUCUAGUAGACAGAGGCAUCAUUUCCAGGAGUUUUCUUUUGGAGGUGGAUUGUUUGAUGACAUGUUUGAAGAUAUGGAGAAAAUGUUUUCUUUUAGUGGCUUUGAUACCACCAAUCGACACACAGUACAGACUGAAAAUAGAUUUCAUGGAUCUGGCAAGCACUGCAGGACUGUCACUCAGCGAAGAGGAAAUAUGGUCACUACGUACACUGAUUGUUCAGGACAAUAGUUCUUUUUCUUGUUAAACCCACCUGGUUGAUUCUUAGUAUCUUUGAUGGAAAAGUUUUCUCUGAAAUAUUUUGACAAGUGCAUGAUUUAACUCAGAAAUUUGAUAUUACUAUUAUAUAUUUAAAUUUUUUUGACAAACCAACAUUCAGCUAGUUAGACAAAAAUCUAUUAAUUUUCUUGAUUAGGAAAGAUUCUUUAAAAAAAGAUACUACACUGAUGGAUUUUUUUUUUCCCCCCUCCAUGUGUUCUUAGGCUCACCAAUGUGGCCAGUUUCAUUACCACCAGAAAAAAAGAUUGACUUUGCUUGAUAUAUAGAUUAAACUUUAUGUGAACUUGAAUGAUUUUUGCAGUGAAACCUUUGAUAAUUUAAAAUUGCAUGCUCUAGCAUUUGUGACUUGUAAUUGAGUCAGCAAGGAGAGCAUUCAGUGGUACUUGCCACUGAAAGCUUUAGAAAGGAUAGUUUGAUAUUUACCAUAGAACCUUGUCUUGACACAAAAUUGGGUACAGGAAAUGAUGGUAUUGCUGUUUGAUCAACUAAAUUGAAAAAAGAAAACUUAAAAAUAUUACCAAGAUGUUAUGUGUGUAGUCCCUGGCUAAUGAUUGACUUUAUAGAGUUGAAAUCAUAGCUACUUAACACAUCUUUUCACAUUACUGUCUUAGUUGUUGGUUCUAUUAUUGAAUUUAUGUGUAUUUAUGUGUGUAUGUAUAAUUUCUCCUCUUUGCAUUUAUCUUUAUCUAGAGAUUGACUAAUACCUCAUUCUGUUUGUAAAACCAGCCAGUAAUUUUUGUGCAACCUUAUUAUGUGCAAUAUUUUUAAAUCCUAAGAACUGUGUGCUUUUGUUUUCAGAUAAAACUUAUUUUCUUUAGUUCUGCACUUUCCACAUUAUACUCCAUACGAGUAUUAAUCCUAUGGGUACAUAUUAAGACUAGUGAUAUCUCAUACAGCAUUGUGUGUGAGUGAGAGAAAUACAAGUAUUUACAAGCUGA